GGGCAAUAGCAAGCAAGCAUGCUGACAAGCAGCCAUGCAGAAAGAAGCUUCCUCCAGCUACCAUCGCCCGCUCGCUGCUUCCACCCCACCUUUCGGUCUUUUGACACAUGCAUUCCUUCCUGACUCUGCUCUCCUCCCAUCCGCCCUUGCCUUCCCUUGAUCCGCGCGAGCCCGGCUAUGUGACGGUAUCCCAACACCCAUUGCCGCCCGUUCCCGUGACGACUUUGCAUUCUAUGCCCCUCCCCCUCCCUGUCUGCCUUCAACUGGCAUUUUAUCUCUCGUUGGUAGACUACCGAACCGAACCGUGGAGACGAUAUAGGACUCACAGCCGAAUGGUGCACGAAGAAAUUUCAGCCCGGCAAGAGAUCAGGUUGUAUCAGGAUCCCGUUAAUAAUUUGGGGGUUUUUUUUUGUUGCCAUUUGGCAUUCCAUUUAUUUUCUGGUAACAUGGCCUUUUGCCGUUUCCCUUUCCCUCCCCUAGCAAAUCCGCUUGUGGUUCCGUUUCCCUCCAGGCCUCUGUAUCUUCAGGACAGUCUUGCCCAGUUUUCUUCAUAUCUGUUUGUAUUUGGAAACCUUCUCGUGUCGGUGAUUUGAUGCUGCGCGCGCGUGAUGUAAAAAGAAUUCCAUGAAAAAAAGAAAAAAGACAAAAUAUUCAAGCCGAAAGGAUGCCUGCGCCAAAAAGUUUCCCGUGGGUUCUCCCACAAAAAUCCCAAUC